AUGCGUCCCCGAGAUCUGACCCUUGAGUAUGUGGUUGGCAGAUUGACCGAAGAAGCAGAAAGAAGGUCAGAUAGACAGGCUGAACUCCAAGAGCGGAGGAGUUACAGCCGAGGGGGCCAGCAGCAGAAUCUGCCAAAGGAGCAACACCAAGGUUUGGACUUGGCCAUGGCGGUGAGGAGGUGCUAUAGAUGCAACCAACCCGGACAUCUCCAACAUCAAUGCAGGGCAAGACUUCCAGGAGACGAUGUGGAGCAGAGACAGCAAUCGACGCAGAAAAGUAAGCAGAAGGGGUUCUCUUCAGGGAAGAAGAACACGCGUUCUGCUCAGUUUGUGUCUGCAUUUUCUCGAGAGGAGAGAAAGAUACCUCGAGGAACAUGGUUGCUGGACUCUGGGAGUAGCAGGAUUAUCUGCAACAGUCGGGAGGACUUUAAGACCCUGGAGAAGCCAGCUGAUGGAAAAGACUCAAUCUAUGUUGCUGAUGGUCGUAGAAGCAAGAUUGAUGGCCAGGGAACAUGUUUCCUGCAGUGCUUGAACACUAUUCUACCAGAGACUCU